CAAGCGUAAAUCCUCAGGAAAAAUCAACAAACUUGUAUCGUGUUAAAUAGUUUUACCACACACCGUAAAGUAGUCUAACCCGUUACCAAAGACAGCAAAAUGCAAAGCGACCGAAAUGUCAACAGAAUCUCGUGUUUCAUUCUCUUCCUGUUUGUUUUAAUUACCUGGGGAUAUGUUAUCAAUGCUGGACCUUAUUUAACGAACGUUGAUGAGAUGAAUUAAUUAUGGAACUUCUGAAUGAAAGCUCAGCAUUGCUCAGUAACUACGAAGUCUACACUUUAUUAUUGGACAUCCAAGCUGGCCGAAAUGGUCAGAGCAAGCCCACCAAGAAUCAGACUAGUUUGGCUACGGUAACGUAUGAAACGGUUAAAUAUUUAGAAGGUACCAGCUGUAAGCAUUUGAAUGCACCGGCUGUGAAGGAAUUCAUUCGGCAUUUGGCACCAUUCCAUUUGACAAAGGCCGAGAAACUGCAGCUGUUGAAUCAGCGUCCGACAACGGCCGUGGAGAUCCAGUUGUUGAUAGAGGAGAGCGAAGAACGGUUGACUGAAACUCAGGUGUAUCAGCUUCUUGAUGUGGUGUCCAAAUACCUUCCAGAUGGUUCGUUAGACCUGUCUGAGGAGAGUGAUGACAAAAUUGUGUACGGAGAUGAAGGGGAAGAGGAGGAUGAGCAACAACAGGAGAAGAACGAAGAGUCGGAAGAGAGAAUUGUGAAAAUGGAACAAGAUGAGAACAAUGUGUCUGUGGAGGGACAAGAGGAGGUUGAAGAAGCUGAAGAGGAAGGUGGGUCCCUCGUUAUGGACGUAACCUCGCCUGUAAAUGAGGAUUCUUCCUGAUGUCUUCAACCACUCUAAUGUAUUAAUGUAAAAUAAGAUAUUUUUGGAUUAUUUUA